AUGCUCCCUCAUCAGCGGCGCCUCCCACGUCAUCAUCACCGCCUCGCCCUCGGCGUCCACCAGCUGGCCGUCGCGGUACGUCGCUCUUUCCUGCAGGUACCCCUGCGGGCCGGGGGCGGGGGCGGCGCUGGCGCGGCGCGACGCCGCGCCCAGCACCAGCUCGGCACGCACCGCCCAGUCCAGCAGCUGCCGCACGACUUCCACGUGCCCGGACCCGGAGGCGUACUCCCCCGCGCAGCAGCCGUCCUCGUCCAGCUCGUGCCAGGGCGCGCCGGCGGCUGCGGCAGGCGAUGCAGGGGGGAAUGUCCCGUGAGAAGCCCAGCUGGGACCCCGGAUCUUCACGCUGAGAAUGCCUCCCCACCCCGACCGUGCCACUCACACAGCAGCGCAGCGACGGACUCUGCAUCUCCAGCGGCAGCAGCGGCCAUCAGGGGGGUCUGGCCGCCCUGA